UUCAGUGCAGCUGCAAUCUCAUCUAAUUGCCUUGUACAUAUUAAAGCUGUGCAUCUCCAGCGUAAUACUCCCCUUCGACAGAGUAAUAUCGACGCGACCAGUGCGCCAUACUAUCGCAGAGCUUCCUUUCUAAGCUUCAUCUUCAGAGCUUCCCAAGGUUACCUUUCCACAUCUCGGCGCAAUCCGGACCAGAUCCCGUGUCCACCCCCACCAUGAAGACUUUCCAGAGCUGCCCCUCCAUCCUCAGAAACUCUUUUCUCCCCUCCUCCCCCUCCUCUUCUCCAUUCUUUCACGCCACUCCUGCGUCAAAGAGAUUCUUCCACCCAUCACCCUCAAACAUGGUUGUCAAGGUGUUUUUCGACGUUAGCUGGGUUGGCCCCGAGGUCGAGGUUGACAAUGCUGGCAACGUGACCAGGAAAGGCGACGUCAAGGAGCAACGCGGACGCAUCAACUUCGACCUCUUCGACGAUGUUACACCAAAGACUGCCGAGAAUUUCCGCGCCCUAUGCACAAACGAGAAGGGCUUUGGCUAUGCUGGCUCCAAGUUCCACCGUGUCAUCCCCAAGUUCAUGCUCCAGGGCGGUGACUUCACUCGCGGUAACGGCACUGGCGGAAAGUCCAUCUACGGUGAAAAGUUCGCCGAUGAGAACUUCAAGCUAAAGCACCAAAAGCCAUUCCUUCUGUCCAUGGCCAACGCUGGGCCCAACACCAACGGUUCUCAAUUCUUCAUCACCACUGUCGUAACGAGCUGGUUGGAUGGCAAGCACGUCGUCUUCGGAGAAGUCCCUGACGGUGACGUUGCUUCAUACAAGGUUGUCCGGGGUAUCGAGGCCGCGGGAAGCGACUCUGGCGCUGUCAAAUACCCCAAGGCCCCUACCAUCGACAAGUCCGGAAUACUAUAAAGGACGGCCCAAAGAAUCUUGUCCCUAAAGAUACAAUACUAGCGAGCUGUUUACGAGCUGUAGCAUCUCGGUACAAACCAGCAACCGCACACCUGUAGCAGCAGCUCUCAGACAAUGAAACCGUCCAAUUGAAUACUGCCAAACUGUCCGCGCCUGUAUAUGUGCUGCAUGCCUUCUUUUCGUCUUUGUUUAUGGUGAUUAGCCUGCAUCAAUGGACGUCGCCGU